UUAUUUCACCGUAACCCUUAUUUAAACUUCGUCUUCUAUCCGCCGCGUUAUCUCCUGCAUUUUGCACUUCCUUUUCCAUCGAAACCCUAACCCUCCACACUCUAUCCAAUUCUCACAUUCACCUCCAUAUCUCUUUCCUUGUCUGUUCGCCAUCUAUUCAUUCAAAUACGAUCCAUUCCUGCUAUCAAAGGCAUCUUUCACUCGUCGACUUUAUAUCCUCCAAUCGAUAAAAUCACCGAUCUUGUCGGGAGCGUGUUGAGCUAAAAAAGGAAAGAAAACUGCAACGUCUAACCCUAAGCUUCACAAAAUUGCACUAUUCCAGUGAUCAUUGUGAAAUUUAGGAAAGAAAGAUAUCUAAUUAUUUUUGUCGGGGUUUGACGAAAGUAUUUAAUUUUUUUGAUCGCGUGUAUUUCGAUUUUUUAUUGUUUUAUAGAAUAUCGAAGUACGGAUUGCAGUUCUAAAAUCUGCAAUUUUACGUGCCUUUUGUUUUUGAGCUUGUGAGUUCUGAGUUUUUGUUUAGGAAAUGGUGGGAGGUGGGAGCAGGAAGGAGGAAGGUUCAUUUGUGAUGAGCAAUUCCAAUGUUUUUGCUGCUCUUGAUACUUUGAGGAAGAAGAAGAAGUCUGAUAAAGAGAAAGGAUCUAAGAAGAAGUCUACGGUUGAGACUGUUAAGGAGCCUCCAGUGAUCUGGUCUCCAACGCCAUUGAAGGUGAAAUCAUGGGCUGAUGUUGAUGAUGAAGAUGAUGAUGAUUACUAUGCAACCACCGCCCCUCCUCAGUCUUUAUGGGGUCUUAACCAGGCAGAUGAAAAGAAAUCUGAGCCUGCAGAGGAAAGUGAGAGUGAUGAAGAUAUUCUUGGUGAAGGGGAUGAUGAUGUUGAAGAGGAGGAGCUCGAACAUGAGCAUGAAGCUGAGGUUUCUGAGCCAGUCCCUAGCAAGGUGGCAGUAACUUCACAAGCACCACCUAAAGAGACAGAACGUCAGUUAUCAAAGAAGGAGAUACGUAAGAAGGAACUUGCCGAAUUGGAAGCUCUUUUAGCUGAUUUUCGUGUUCCACUCGAUGAGAAGGUUGCUGCAGGGGAAACAUCUGAAGCUGCUGCACCUGAGAAAAAAGUGGAGCAGCAAGAUGAGUUGGAAAAAAAGGAUGGUGGUGGGGUUGGAGAAUCCAAGGCUGCAAAGAAGAAGAAAAAGAAGGAUAAAUCUUUGAAGGAAUCACAAGAGCAGCAGCAGCCAAACAGCACCAUGGAUCCCUCCCCUAAUGCAGCAGAUAACAGUGCAGGGGGGGCUGAGAAGCAAGCAGAAGAAUCAUCCUCAGCUGUAAAUGUUGAAAAACUCAAAAGGGCGGUUACCGGAAAGAAGAAGAAAUCUAAUAAAGAUUCAGACACAGCUGCAAAAGCUGCUGCCAUGGAAGCCGCUGCUAGGAAUGCAAAGCUCGCUGCAGCUAAGAAAAAGGAGAAGAACCAUUACAACCAGCAACCAACUCGGUAAAAAUGUGAUCUUAAUCAGUACCUCAGUGAUGAAAAAAAAAUAGUUCUAUGAAUCCUGAAGGAUUGGUCAUUUUUCAUCCUUCAUUUGCGGAUGUGCAAUAAAAUUGAGUUCAAGAUUCUGGUUUUUUGAGUUGACAGUCUAGACUUAGAAAUGAAAGACAGUGUUUUGCUAGACAGCUUUUGUUCAAAUGGAAAUUGUGAUACUUGAUGUGCAUCGUAGUAGCACUUUUAUUUGUUUAUUAAUAUAUACAGUAUAUGUUAAUUCUUGGCUUUGGUGAGAGGACCUUUUAUUUUGUUAUUCAGAUCUCAUUAAAAUGCCAUUAUAAUUUCUUGUUGUAUAAA